AUGGAUAAAAAUAAAUUUUACAUGAUUCCUUUGGAAUUAAUGAUAAUCAUAUUUAAAUAUUUAAAUUUUAAACAACAAAUCAAAUUACAUUUAAUAUCAAAACAAUUUUAUUAUACAUUUGAUUUUAUUUAUCAAGAAAAUAUAAGAUAUACAUAUUUUUCAAAUCCAAAAAUUGAAAAUAUUGAUCCUGAAAUUCAUGUUAUGUGUUAUAAUUUUAGAAUAAAGGAUUUUGAAGAUAAUAUAUUUAUCAAAGAAAUAUUGAAAAUUAAAAAUGAUUGGAUUUAUUUUACUAACAAUACACGUCGUAAACUUAAAAGAAAUGAUGAUAAUUCAAUUUAUUGUCAUGAACGAAAUUAUCAAAAUAAAGAUUAUGAUCCUAAUUUCUUUUUAAUUAAUAGUAUAAUUACUUUAACACCAUAUAAUAAAAAAUAUAUAAAGGAUAUUAAUAAGAGAAUAUGUGAUAAUUGUAAGGAAUUCAAGAUAGCAAAUAGAAUUAUUAAAAAGAAUAAUAAAUGUAAAACCGAUAUGUGUAUAUUCAAUGUUCCAAAAAAAACAUUAGAGAUAACCAAUAAAGAUGUAGGAACUAAUAUAGUUAGUUGUGAAGGAAUCUAUAAUUUCGAAACAUUCUUAAUAUAUGGAAUAUACCAAUAUCAAGGAGAUGUACCUCUUUAUAAAAUUGACAAGAUUAUUAAUAAUUUGGAUAAAAAUAUCAAAUUAGAACGAAUCUUUAUUUUUUCAAACCAAAAUAUACCUUAUGAUAAUAAGAGUGUUAAUAUAUGCGAAUAUAAAGAUUUUUUUGAAGUUUUUAAAACAAAAGUUUCAUGGAAACUACUAAUGAUGAAUGAAGAUAUGGUAGAAAAAUCGAAUAUUGAUGAGAGUGAGAAGGAAGUAGAUGAAAUAAUUUCCGAACAAAUUAUAGAAUCUGGUAUAAAUGAUAAAAAUGGAUUUGAUAAAUAUAAAAAAUUUAAUUUUAGAAGACUCGAAAGAAAGAUUAUAAUUGAUUCAUCUGAUGAUAAAUUAGUAAAGAAACGUAAAAAAAAUUAUGAUAGUGAUUUUAUUCCUGAAAAACAAAACAAGAGAAAGAGAAAAAGAGCAAAUGAAUUAAAUGAUUUAUUACAAAAUUCACAAGAUUUUUUAAACUGGCCUAUUAAAAAAAAUAAAAAUGAAUUAGUUGAAGAUAAAGAGCCUAUUAAAUGUCAAAUUAACAAAAACGAUGAAUUUCAAAUUUUGAAUAAAAACUUACAAAAUGUUUUACCAAAAGAAUUAUCAAUUAAUGAACUUGAAAUUAUUAAAAAACCUAAUAAUAGAAAAAAAGUUGGAAGAAAACUUGCAAAUAACGAUGAUAAACUUGCACAAGAAAAUAAAAAAGCAUAUAAUAAUCAACACAAAGAUUUUUCUGAAAAAAUAGUAAAGGAAUAUAAUACAUUAAAAGAAAAUUAUGAAAAUAUGAAAAAAGAAUAUUACUCAUUGAAAGAGGAUCAUGAAAAUAUAAAAAAAGAGUAUAAUCUAUUAAAACAAAGUCAUGAAACGAUUGAAAAAGAGGUUGGAAUAUUAAAAUUAAUUAAUUCAGACAAAGAAUGUAGAAUCGAAAUCAUGGAAGAUGUAGAAGAAAACAGUACUACGGAUGUUCAAAAUAUUAAUAAUCAGAAUAAGAUUAGUUCUAUAGAAGUAAAUGAUGGAAAUAUCGAUUUAGAUGCGCAUAUUGGAUCUUAUUUUAAUAUGUUUAAUAAAGGAGAAAAAUAUUUUUCAUUAAAUGAAACUUUUAAUUUGAGGCAACACCGAGCUAAAAGUUAUGAAAAUGAUUUUGAAGUUUGGUUUUACAAUGUUAAUUUAUAUUGUGAAAAAUUUGGAAUCAAAUAUUUUUGGUCACUAAUAGAUUUAGAAAAUUAUUAUAAAAAUAAUUUAGCACAUCAAUAUUAUUAA